UUUAAGCGGUGCACCAGCUCGCCCCGCGGCCGCCAUAUUAGCCGCUUGGUUUGGCUGCCGCUCUGCUCCUGUUCGGUUUAUUCACCCGGGGGGGGACGGAGUGCCCGGCGAAUCCCAGCGGGAGCGUCGUUCGCCUGCUCCACCAGGAUCCGGAGUCCCGUUCGGAAGGCGCUGGACGGGUUUCAUGUCGAGGUGGACAGAGGAAAAGUCUCCUUGAAAACGUCACAUCAACUCCUGGGAACCCCUUGCCCAUGACUUCUAUUUCUCCACAAUGGGAAACAUUCAACAUCUGCCCUGAGACGCUUCACCCUCGGAAUCUUCCACGUUUCCAAUAAAGCCGCCUCUCGUUCUCCUAAAUGCCAGUGAUAUGAGCAGCAACAGUAACAAGCGAGCUCCAACGACAGCAACACAGAGACUGAAACAGGACUAUCUUCGAAUAAAGAAAGACCCAGUGCCUUAUAUCUGUGCUGAACCUCUCCCAUCUAAUAUUCUUGAGUGGCAUUAUGUGGUACGAGGUCCUGAGAAGACACCAUAUGAGGGUGGUCUUUAUCAUGGGAAGUUAGUUUUCCCUAGAGAAUUUCCAUUCAAACCACCUAGUAUUUAUAUGAUUACGCCUAAUGGAAGAUUCAAAUGUAAUACCCGGUUAUGUCUUUCAAUCACUGAUUUCCAUCCAGAUACCUGGAACCCAGCCUGGUCUGUUUCCACAAUCCUGACCGGUCUCCUUAGCUUCAUGGUGGAGAAAGGCCCUACACUGGGCAGUAUUGAAACUUCAGAAUAUACAAAAAGACAACUUGCUGCCCAAAGCAGUGCCUUUAAUCUAAAGGAUAAAGUGUUUUGUGAGCUCUUUCCAGAUCUAGUGGAGGAAAUCAAAGAAAAGCAGCGGGCACAGGAAGAACUAAGUAACAGGGCCCAGGCUCUGCCUUUACCCGAUGUUAUCCCUGAUGGUGAAAUGCACCAGAAUGGUAUGCCACUUCUUAAUGGGCAUGCAGUACUACCAGCUGCCAACCACCAAGGCCUUCAACAGGCCAACCGAAACCAUGGACUCCUAGGGGGAGCUUUAGCAAACUUGUUCGUCAUUGUUGGUUUUGCAGCGUUUGCCUACACAGUAAAAUACGUGUUACGAAGCAUAGCACAAGAAUAAAGCUGGCGAUGCGACCAAAUAAUUGCAAACUUACAAGCAAAUCUGACUCCUUUUGGGGAAACUUUGCAGAAGGGGAAAGAAUAAGACUGCGCUGGAGCGAUGUAAUUAAAAUUACAUUUGUAUAUGUACAAAAUAUGACCAACCAGAGCCUAUGGUUUUCUUUCACGUGAAUGGAUCAAUGGAGCUAAACAAAUAGUUCAAGAAUAUGCAGAAGGUUCAGAUUUACUGUGCUGGUCAUGUGUACUUUACAGUGGGUGACCAAUAGUAUGCCUCCUAAUUAUGAUGAUUCUGAAACUAGCAUUAUUUCUAAAAGGGGCAUGUUUUGCAGUGACAUUUUCAGAUUUUAAUUGUUUACUUCAAUGAUUAAAAAUCUACCCCAGCAUAAAUGACCUUUUUAAUGUAUUUAUAUUACUGUUUGUAUUUAGGCUAUACUGGAAGCAUUUCUGGAAUAAUAAAAUACAAAAAGUAAAUGCUGAGUAAAAUAAAACUGGCUGUGAGCUUAAAGGAGCAGUUUUAAAAUAGUCACUUUUUGUUUUAAUAAAAUGGGGAAAGGCGAGUGUGGUCGUCCAGUGUAAAAUAAGUGACCGCCUGAGAGAUCGAGACCUUGUGCACAUUCCUACAAACUAAUUAGAAGCUUUUCCUCAUUAUGUUUUAUGGAUAAUCCUCGGCAAAACAGUCACAGAAACCAUAAUUUUUGUAAUUGAUUUCCUUAAAAGAACACUCAAAAUGCACCACUUGUGUUGCUGGAAACAGUGCUGUAAUAGACAAUGAUCAGUUAUUUAAUCAGUUAUUUCUGGAAGAUGGUUAUGUUUGUCCUCAUUACAUCAUCUUUGGAAUUUAGCAAUACAAUUUUCCAAAACAAACAUCCUGCACAAAAUUUUAAUGGGCUUAAUAUUUAACAACUUAAUUGCAAUCUGUUAGUUUAAUGGGACAAUCCUAUGCAAUGUCUUGUCCUAUUUUCAUCAGUGGCAUUAGGUGUUAAAGUAGGAUAUUUGGAAUUUUAAAUGUCAUCUCUAGCAAGCAAUAGAUAUCAGAUUAGAUUUUUCACUUGGUUGAAGAAUGCAGUGUAAUUCCCUGGAUAUAGUUGUACCUAUAUCGAGCAGGUUUUGCAUAAUUGCAGUAACUACAUUAUAAAUGACUAAUAAAAUUUACAGGAUAUAUUAGUGGUAUCAUCAGUCUUUAACGACAUUGAAGAGAGAGCCUAAAAAUCUUCCAGAAGUUGUAGUUAAUUUCCUGACAAGACUGGUGUUAUUGUAAAUGUAAAGUCCACAAUUUUAUUCUGAAAAUAUCGAGUAGGGAAAUGUUUGUCAUAAAGUUUCUACAGUUCUACCUUAUAAUGUAUAAAAUAUUUGUCAAGUCUUUGGAAAGUGUUUCUUGAAAGCUGCACUGGAAUUGAGAAAGUGUUGGUGACUUUGUAUUUUGGAAUUAUUGAAACAGAACAAUGGAAAAACAAUGCAAAUUCAUUAAACUGACAAGCAUACUUUGCAAGGCAGCUCUGCCUUAUCCAUAAGAUUAUUUAUAUGAAUUUGUGGAUUUUUUUUCCUUUUUAAAGCUACAAAUCUCAACGUAAAUAAUAUAAUCUAGAAACCAUUAAUGAGCCUUGCCAGGAAAGAUCUAUUUAGAACUUCAAAAAAAAGUUGACUUCAGUAUAUGGUAGGUUUAUGUUCUGAUCUGUGUUUCAGUUUGUAAAAUCAAUAAAUUCUUCAUCACA